AUGGCCGCCAAAAACCCCGUACCCUCCCUCGGUCAUGUCACCGUAGUCGGCGGCUGCGGCUUCCUCGGUUCGCACAUCGUCUCCCUCAUCGUAAAGCGCCAUCCCUCCACGCGCGUCUCCGUCCUUGACCUCCGCACCUCCUCGAACCGCAAUGCCUCGUCACAAGUCUCGUACCACGACGGCGACAUCACAGACCUCGCUUUCCUCAAGAAGCUCUUCGCAGACUUGAAGCCCGACGCCAUCAUCCACACGGCAUCCCCACACUUUCACCUCCCCCCAGCCGUCCACGACAAAGUAAACAUCGAAGGCACCAAGAACCUCCUCUCCGCCGCGCAAGAAACAGGCGUAAAAGCCUUCGUCUACACCUCCUCCGCCUCCGUGAUCUUCGGGCCCGAGACCGAGCUCGUAAACGCGACGGAAGAAUGGCCGAUGAUCACAGGCGAUGCGCAGCCAGAGUACUACACCACGACGAAAGCCUACGCCGAGACCGCCGUCCUCGAAGCGAACCGCACACCCGCAAGUUUUCUCACCUGCGCAAUCAGACCCGCGGGCAUCUUUGGAGAAGGCGACGUCCAGCUGCUGCCGCCUAUGAUCGGCGCGUUCCGCAAGGGCCAGACGAAGUUCCAGGUUGGGGCGAACGACAACCUGUUCGACUUCACGUACGUGGAGAACGUGGCGUUUGGACACCUCCUUGCGGUGCAAGCGCUGCUGCACUCGCACAAGAUCCUCCCCACCAUCCCGCUCGACACGGAAAGGGUCGACGGCGAAGCCUUCUUCAUAACGAACGGACAACCUGUGUACUUCUGGGACUUUGCGCGCGCGGUGUGGCACGAGUGUGGCGACCGGCGACCACUGAACAAAGUGUGGAAGCUCGACAAGGAUUUUGCUUUCGCAGUUGGUGCAUUGCUCGAAAAUGUGUUCUGGGUACUUGGCCGGACGCCGAAUAUUACGAGGAAGCAAGUUCGGUACAGCACGUUCGCUAAGUAUCACAGUAUCGACAAAGCGAAGCGGAGGCUUGGGUACCACCCGCUUGUGCAGCUGGAUGAGGGUGUCAGGAGAGGAGUGAGGUGGCUUCUUGAGAAUGAGUUGAAGACGGCGCAAAAGAAGGAUCAAUAG